AUGGCAGCAGCAGCGGCUCGGGCUGCUCUCGGGGCCCUCCUGUGGCCUGCUUUUCAAAGUCACACUUCCCAGAGCACUUCUGCUCAGGAAAGGGUCCUCCCCAAAACGUCACUGACUUCAGCUCCGUGGCCUAAAAUCAUACUUCCAGAUCCCAAGGAAGAGACUGAGCGUCACCAAGAGGUUCUCCGGCGGGUGAAUGAACUGAUUGCCUCUGGACAGUAUGGCCGGCUCUUCGCUGUGGUCCACUUUGCCAGCUGGCAGUGGAAGGUGACCGACGGGGACCUGAUUAUGAUUGAGAACACAUUGGUGGCCAAAUGCGGAGAAAGGAUUCGAAUGGAGAAGGUCUUACUGGUCGGUGCUGAUGACUUCACGUUAAUUGGAAAGCCGCUCCUCGGACUGGAUCUUGUCCGUGUAGAAGCCACAGUUAUUGAAAAGACUGAGUCAUGGCCAAGAAUCUACAUGAAGUUUAGAAAAAGGAAAAAUUUCAGAAAAAAGAAAAUUUUUAUAAAGCCACAGACUGCCCUUCGGAUAAACACUGUAGAGAUUGCUCCAAGUUUGACCUGACUGUUUGGCUGAUAUUUACCUAAGUGUGAAAAUAAACU